CUGCAACAGCUUCUUCUCCAUUGCCAUUUUUCCACCUUCUUCUACUUUCCUGCCUUUCCAUAACUAGUCUCCCUCUGUUAAACCUUGACUCAAAUUUUCGUCCAUUUCCGUUUUUGUCUCCGUAAUCGCUCUUUCAAUCAGGGUAUCAGCUACCAUUUCCUUCGCCGGGAGUAUCCAUCUCUUGUACCGUAUUUCUCUUUCUAUCACUCCCCCUGUUUGGUUCCCGGGGAAAUCGUCUGGACUGCCAGCUCUCGCGUUUCUGAAGAUUCUUCAGUCAGAAUUCAGCGGUAAGAUUCUGACUUACUUCGGCUGUAGAUAUAUCAUAUCUUUGUUGUGCGAGACGAGUUGUACCGCUCGUUCAUCGUCAUCAAUCAUCUUGUGCUUUUCUCAUCCUCUGCAAUCAUUUUGCUGCCGUAUGUCUCUGUAUACUCAUGAAAUUGAGCUGCCUGGCGCAGUUGUUUGUAGAAUAGUAAUGGCUCAUCUGCAUAACAAUGACCUCGAGUACGUUGUUGAUGAGUAUUACGACUCCGAUGUCGAAGAGGAACCGCAGCUUCAGAAGGGGGACGAGAUGGAGUCUCUGGACUCGGACUUUGAAGACGAUUUGGAGUUUAACAAGUCCAGCACUGACACAACUGCUGUAGAGUUCAGGAACGGGAAGGAUAUACAAGGAAUUCCAUGGGAGAGGCUCAAUUACACUAGGGACAAGUACAGGGAGACGAGAUUGAAGCAGUACAAGAACUACGAGAACCUCUCUCCCUCUCACGAGCAGAUCAAUAAGGAGUGCCUUCAAGUAACAAAAGGAAAGACAUUUUAUGACUUCCAGAUGAACACCAGGCACGUCAAAUCGACAAUUGUGCAUUUUCAGCUGAGGAAUCUGUUGUGGGCUACAUCGAAGCAUGAUGUCUACCUAGUGGGAGACUAUUCCGUGAUGCAUUGGUCUGCCUUGCUAAGAAAAGGGAAGGAAGUCCUCAAUGUGGCCAAACCAGUGGUUCCGACCUUGAAACGUCCAGGGUUGUUCACACAAUCACUUUCCCGAGUGCAAAUAAGCUCUAUGGCUGUAAAAGACAACAUAUUGGUGGCCGGUGGCUUUCAAGGAGAGCUUAUAUUCAAGUAUCUUGAUCAUCCUGGAGCUGCAUUCUGCACCAAGCUGACAUCAAAUGAAAAUGCCAUCACCAAUGCGGUGGAUAUCUACAACAGCCCCAGCGGCUCAAUGAGGAUUAUGGCAGCAAAUAAUGAUGCAAAGAUUAGAGUUUUCGAUGCCUUGAGUUUUGCCUGCACAAACCAGUUCUCCUUUGAUUGGUCCGUAAAUAGCACAUCAGCUAGCCCUGACGGGAAGCUGGUAGCGGUCCUUGGCGAUAGCGUAGAGUGCUUGCUUGCUGAUUCGCAGUCUGGGAAGGUAGCUGCUACCCUCAAAGGACACUUGGACUAUUCCUUCUCUCCAGCUUGGCAUCCGGAUGGCCGGAUUUUGGCUACGGGCAACCAGGACACCACAUGCAGGCUAUGGGAUAUCAGGAAUCCUUCCACAUCUCUGGCUGUGCUGAAAGGAAACAUGGGGGCCAUAAGGGGACUCAAGUUCACGUCUGACGGGCGGUUUCUGGCAAUGCAAGAGCCUGCUGAUUUCGUGCACGUGUUUGAUGUGGAAUCUGGGUAUGUGAAGUGCCAGGAGAUUGAUCUGUUUGGGGAGAUCGCCGGGAUAUCGUUCAGCCCGGAUUCGGAGUCUUUGUUUGUUGGUGUAGCAGAUCGUACGUACGGCAGCGUGUUGGAGUUUAGUAGAAGGCAUUACGACUGCUGCUUCGACUCCUUUUUUUAUUAGAGUGCUAGUGUUGAGUCUAGAUUUACGUAUGUAUGCAUGUAUGUAUAUAGAAAGUCCAGAUAGUUCACACCAAAAAACAAAAAAAAAAAGUCCAGGUAGCCUCGCGUUUUGGUUGCUUCUUUUCGUUUUCUGAACUAUCCUGGACUCUGUACUUGGCUUGCACAAGUUCUCGUUUGGUUCUGUUCCGCGGUUGCAAUAUGUCUGUGUAUUUGUUCCCCAAGCCAAGUGUUUUUGCUAUUUAUAGCUGCUGCUGCUGCUGCAGGUGUGAUCUCCUCUUAUCGGCUAGUGAUAUCUGUUCUAAAUUAUAAUGCUUUUAUAAAUUAUGAAAGAUACC